UGUUGACGAUCAGCCGACGAUCAGCCGACGAUCAGCCAGAAGCCAUGACUUCCUUCUCCACCCGCAGCAGCUACAUGUCCUCCUCCAUGAGGAACUCCGCCUUGAUGGGUCCCUCCGUCUCGUCCUCCUCCCGCCGAGUCAGCAGCAUGGGGACCGGCAGCGUGUACGGAGGAGCCGGGGGAUCUGGAGUCCGUGUCUCCAAGGCCUCCUACUCCUUCUCCUCCGCCGCCGGUGCCGGCGCUGCCAGCACUGCCUUAAACGCGGCCAGCAACAUCGACAUUGCUGUCAACGAGAAGGCCACCAUGCAGAACCUGAACGACCGGCUGGCCUCCUACCUGGAGAAGGUGCGCUCCCUGGAGAAGGCCAACGCCGAGCUGGAGCUGAAGAUCAGGCAGUUCCUGGAGAACAGGGCCAUGCCGGAGGGUCACAACUUCACCGGCUUCAACAUCCGCAUCAAAGAGCUGCAGGAAAAGAUCAACAUCGCUGCUCGAGGAAACGCCGCCCUGAUCCUCUCCAUCGACAACGCCAAACUGGCCACCGACGAUUUCAAAAUCAAGUACGAUAACGAGCUGGCCAUGCGUCAGUCGGUGGAGGCUGACAUUGGCGGUCUGAGGAAGGUCCUGGAUGAGCUGACUCUGAGCCGGACCGACCUGGAGAUGCAGGUGGAGAGUCUGAAGGAUGAGCUGAUCCAGCUGAAGAGGAACCACGAGGAGGACCUGCUGGCUCUGCGGGCUCAGAUGGGAGGCCAGGUGAACGUGGAGGUGGACGCCGCUCCGCAGGAGGAUCUGUCCGCCGUCAUGGCCGGAAUCAGAGAACACUAUGAGAACGUUGCGUCCAAGAACCGCAGAGACCUGGAGUCCUGGUUCCAGACCAAGACGGCUGAGCUGAACAAAGAGGUGGCUGUGAGCACUGAGACACUGCAGACGUCCAAGUCUGAGGUCGGAGAGAUCAGACGAACUCUUCAGACUCUGGAGAUCAAACUUCAGGCUCAGAUCAGCAAGAAAGGAGCGCUGGAGGGGACUCUGGCUGAGACCAACACCCGCUACGCCAACAUGCUGUCAGGUUACCAGAGGCAGGUGGGGGCUCUGGAGGAGCAGCUGGCCCAGCUGAGGACUGACCUGGAGAACCAGGGCAUCCUGUACGCUGACCUGCUGGACAUCAAGACCAGACUGGAGCUGGAGAUCGCCGAGUACAGGAGGCUGCUGGACGGAGAGGUGGAGAGCCCCACCACCACCACCACCAAGACCACCAAGACCACCCGGGUGGUGACCAUUGUGCAAGAAGUCGACUCCUCGGGAAACGUGGUGAGCACCAGCAGCAGUUAGACCAGAAAUCAAACCAGUAACACCUAAGGCUCAGCACCAGACCAACCAGUCAGAGUCUGUCCACUGGAAACUGGAAACUGAGCCUGUGCUG